AUGUGCUAUCGGAAAGCCAUCCUUGCAUCUUCUCUUGUGGCGUUGCUGCUUGUCUUGCAAGAGAAAAGAAGACAAUUCUUUUGUUCCUUUGGCAAAUGCUCGUCAUGUCGGAAUGCCCAGCCUCUGAGAGCUGUCGAGGCCCCGCAGCCUUCAAUUCUUAUGGCAGAUAUGGGUCCAUCCCAACCUGCCACUUUGCUGAUCUCUAGAGCAGAUGCGGGAGAUCUAAGGAGCAUCGCUUCUUUACGAGCAAGAGAACCAGAAGCUUGUCCCCCCCGCGCUAGGACAGCAGAGCUCUCAAGGCAAGGGCUGUACCUGCGAGAGCUCGAGAAGUUGGCUUGCGGCACAGCCGCACUGUUUGCAACGAUCGAGUCAUCUGAACCUCUCAAUGUCGAAGAUCUUCAAGAGUUUUCAAACUUGAAAGAAAUGCUGGACGCGAGAUUCAUGAGCCAAGAAAUGUUCGAUCAGUCUGUACAGAGUUUGCAAGAGCGGUACUCCGAUGUUACGAUCAGAAGGACUGUCGGUGCAGUGGAUGUGGACGAUAUCAGGGGAGUGACAGAGAGUAUCCAGCAUCAUUCUAUGUCAGCCUUCAAGAACAGCUGCUACAUCUCCAACUUUCUAGUCGACUCGAAGUAUCGUCGGCGAGGCAUCGGCAGCAGACUGCUGAAGGCGGUAACUCGCUAUGCGCAUGAGAAAGGUUUCGGUGCGAUGAUCCUGUCUGUGGAGGGGAACAAUCAGAGUGCACUCAGGCUGUACGAGAAGAACGGGUUCAGAGAGGUCGAUGACGCUGGUGUCUACAGCUCGUUACGCAGGAUCUUUCAGGCACGUUUUGCCGUUCCAAUCUCCUCCUUGGUCUUUGUAAAAUCCGUCAGUAAGGAAGAAGCUACCAGCUGUUACAACCAGCAGCAAAGUUUGAAGCCCGGUUAA